AUGGAAGGUGUAGAAAUUGAAAUGGAUAAAACUUGGAUUAUGCUCGAUGAUAGAAGGCUCACUCAAUACGAAGAAGGUGUUCGUCAGUUCUUAGAUUUUGCAUAUUCUUCUAAAGAAAAAGGAGAAACGAUUAGAUGCCCAUGCAAAAAGUGCAAUAAUGUUUUGUUUCAGAAUCGAAAUAAUGUUGAAGAUCAUAUAUUUAAAUACGGUUUUAUCAAAUCGUAUGUCAUAUGGGUUCUUCAUGGUGAAGAAUAUAGUGAUUCUGAUGAAGAUGGUAGAAUGGCUGAUGAUGAGUUUGGAGAAACUAUAGGUGAUAUGGGCGGCCAAAAUUUUGUUGAUAUACAGAGUAUGUUAGAAGAUGUUCAUGCUUCAACAAGGAGUACUGUUUUUGCUAAGGGGUCUACAAGUGAUGAGAAUUCUAUGCCGAAGUUUGAGUCUAAGACUUUUUUGAAAUUAUUGAAAGAUGCUGAUAAGGAGUUAUAUCCAGGAUGUAAGAGUUUUAGUAAGCUGUCAUUUGUUGUGACACUGAUGCACAUUAAGAUAAUUAGUAGGUGGAGCAACAAAUCUUUCUCCAUGUUGCUUGAAGUGUUAAAAAAGGCACUACCUGAUGGUGAGUCACUCCCUAGCUCAUAUUAUGAGGCUAAAACAAUAAUUCAAGGACUCGGAUUGAAUUAUGAGAAGGUUCAUGCUUGUGUUAAUGAUUGUGUGUUAUUUAGGAAGAAGCAUGAGAAUGAUGAAGAGUGUCCAAAUUGUUUAGAACCUCGAUAUAAGUUCGUUGAUGUUGCUAAGGAUAAGAAAGAUGGAAAAACACGUAAGAAGGUCCCGCAAAAAGUUUUACGUUAUUUUCCAUUAAAACCGAGAUUGCAGAAGUUAUUUAUGUUUAAAAAGACUGCAGAAGAUAUGAGAUGGCACAAAGAAAAACGAACUGAUGAUGGAGUUUUAAAACAUCCAGCUGAUGCUCAAGAGUGGAAGGACUUUGACAAAAGGUAUGAAUCUUUCGGACAAGAACCUCGCAAUGUUAGACUUGGCUUAGCCAGUGAUGGUUUUAAUCCAUUUUCUAACAUGAGUUUGACUCAUAGCACAUGGCCAGUGAUACUUUUGCCAUACAACCUUCCUCCUUGGAAGUGUUUGAAAGCUCCUUUCUUCAUUCUAUCAAUGCUAAUUCCGGGACCAAAAUCUCCUGGAAAUGACAUUGACAUUUUUUAG